AUGCGGUCCGUCACGCGGCCGUCGCUGCCAGUUUGGAAGGUGGGCCUGCUGGUGGUGGCCCUGAUCGUGGUCUACUCCUACAUGUCCCUCUACGGCGAAGUCGGCGCCCUGUCGCGCUCGCUUCGGCGCGUUGAGCAUCUUCUACAGACCCAAGAAGAAGAAGAUGAUGAAGCGCAGGCCCUCGGACCGACCCAAGAAGAAGAACAUGAUCAUCAAAAAGAAGACGAAGAGGAGCUGAUCGAGCGGCGACUCGCCGAGGCCCUGCGAGAAAUAGACCGGUUGGACCCGAGCAAGAAGCGAAGGAAGGAGGAGUUCCAGCGCAUCUGGGACAACUUCGCCUGGGGACCGGCCGACAGGAGCGGACCUGGAAGCACGGCGGAAGCGUCGGCACGGGCCAGGGUGGCCGUCGAGACCGUCGUCCGCCAGUUCGGCAUUCGCACCAUGCUCGACUCCCCGUGCGGCUCCUUCUCCUGGAUGCCCCUCAUCAACUUCGAGGCCCUCAACGUCACCUACGUCGGAGUGGACAUUGUGCCGGGCAACAUUGAAAAGGCCAAGGCCGCGUGGCCGACCAAGCAGCCGCACGUGUUCCAGUUCUACUGCGCCGACGUGGUCGACGGGUUCGAGUUCGUCGACAAGCUGGUGCUUCAGGCCCAGCAGGACUACCCGACCAACACGCACGACUGGAGCCAGGGCUGGGACCUCAUCUUCUCGCGCGAGUUCCUGCAGCACAUCCCGCACGAGGCCGUCAAGCGCGUGCUGCACAACUUCAACAAGACCGGCUCCAAGUACCUCCUGCUCACCCACGACCCCUCUCGCGCCAUCAACAAGGACAUCGAAUUCGGUGGCUACGCGCCGAUCAACAUGCGGGUGCCACCAUUCAACCUUGGUCCACCGCUGGCCGAUUUCCCCGACGCCGGCCACGAACGCCUGCUUCUCUACAAGCUGCCGCUCGUGGGCUUCGAGGACUGA